GCUGGGCCGCGAAUGUCACGUGUGAAUGCUUGGCAACCGUUCAGUAAGCUCCGUCCUGCAACUGCUUCUCGCGUCACUGCCGGAGAGUCUCGACACUCAACCACUUCUUAUAUUUCAUUCUUCUUUCCUUUUCUUCCUGGCUCAUGUUAGCUCUGUACCAACCAGCAAUGACUGGUGAGUACACCUGUGGUCGCUGCCUACAUGCACUCCGCCAACGGGCUGUGGUACGCCUGCCACACUAUGCACUGCCUAGUAGAGGAUAUGGGCUGUUCAAACCUGCCUUGGUGCGGAGUUUGAGUAGUUGUAGCAAAGGCCUCCUUUUCUCGGAUAGCCCGCCUCAAACAGCCUCGAAGCAAACAGCAUUCACUCCCCCGACUGCGUCCCAAAGUCUCGGAUCGGUCGUGCACAAGGCUUCGUCUUCCACAAACACUUUUCCAGAUUCGCGCGUCUUGUUGAAACCGAACAACCUCUUCCAUUCGUUCUCUCAGUCACCAGCAGCGGCCAUUCGACAGCGUGCGGCUUUCAUCAAACAAAACGCCUUCUGCCCACAUCCAAGCCACCAGCAGACCCGACUGCCUGUCUCUCCUCAUGACCCAGAGACGCGCAAGAGCCCACAGAGCUCGAAUCUGCCGCCGGCACACUCUCACUUUGAAUGUCCAGACUGCGGCGUGCCGAUCUAUUGCUCGGAGGGACAUUGGAUGGAUGACUUUGAAGCACACUUGGAGGUCUGCGAGACCAUCCGACAGAUCAAUGAGGACGAUCAUGACUUGCAUUCUGGGCGGGUUUUCCCGGAGUUCACCUACCCAGGCCUUCAAGAUGAUAAUUUCGUCAUCAACAUGACGAACUGGGACACUUUUCUUUAUACACGAGAGUUUGAGGCGAUCAACGAUGACCGGAGCAUGCGGCAAGUGACCCGGAUGCUGACCUAUCCGCUUACACUUGCGAGUGUUUUGCAUGAACUGAGUCCCUACAAUGUUCGAAAGGGGGGGAGGCUUACAGUGGAGGGGCUUAAAAGUGUUAGUGCGUUGCGAUACACUUUACACCCUCAAAAGACAGGAGAGGGUGUCGAUAUUCGAGGAUUACGCCUGAAGGCACCCCCGGUCCGCAUUUUCAUCCUAGGGGCCCGGGCUGAGUCUUCCUUGCCGCGAGAGGUUUGGUUGCAGCUCAGCUACAUCUUCCCACGCUCUCUCAUUCAUCUCAUUUUCAUCGGACCGGAGAGUAUGACGAACCGCGACGCCGAGUUCCCGCUGCCUGAGCGGACACCUGGCAACCCAUUCGGGGGUGUCGUCGAAGACCGACUUGGAGGUCAAUUCAAAAUCACGACCUACGUUGACUACUUCCACACAAUGUACAAAGCCAACUACUUCCAACCUUUCGAUCCAUACUUAGACUGCAUCAUGCUGUUUCAUCCCGGACUCGGACACCCGGCAAGCUCUCACGAGUGGGAAGAAACCCUCCCGCAACUACUGGAGACCAAGGUGCCGAUCAUCAGCACAGGCUACACGCAGUGGGAUAUGGAACGGGAUAUCAAGUGGGUGCAUGAGAAAUGCGCCGGCGAAUUCGAUAUUCUGCUUGAGCCCGGUGAGAAUAUUUUCCGCAGCUUACGCUGGGAUCUCAAUGACUUGGACCCUCAUGAUGUUUCGUGUGGCAACUGGGGUGUCUGGGCUUUCAGAGGAAAGAGAUACGAGGCAACAUUCCGCAACUAGAAGCUGUUCUCCCCGUGCCUGAUGCACUUGUUCGCAACAACAUUACUGCAACUGUACACUAUGUUAAUGCUGUCUAUGCCUUCGUGCAUAUUUCCAUGAAAGCUCGACGAGCCUAAUCUUAGCUUUCAUUAUAUCUGCGUUGUCAACAGUACAUAUAUCCUUUCCCGUCGUGGCAACUUACUUGAUGCAACCUGGACUGCAUCACUGAAACCGCAAGAAGAAGUGAAAAGCUAGGCAAAAAGCUGGUCAAGGCUCAGCUCUUGCUCG